CUUGGGCUUUCAAAAAACACAUAAAUACCCCAGGCAGCAAGUGCUCAAUGUCUUUGACCCGAUCAAAGAACACUGGUGAACCAGCCACACAAUGCCAGCUCUCAGCCUGGUCGCCCUGGUCAGCCUGGUGUCCACUGUUUUUGCCAAGCAGUUGGAUGCACACCCGCCCCAACAACAACACAGACACUGGGCUCCCAUCUGCAGCGGGAACCCCACCAACAAGAUCCGGGGCUGCGAUAGAUAUGGCUGUGGCAACUUCGGUGCUGACAGGCACAGUGGUAAAGGAAAGCAUGCUGGUGUGGAUGUCAUCUGCCAUGAUGGAGCGACAGUAUACGCUCCUUUCAGCGGGCAGCUCUCUGGACCCAUUCGAUUCUUCCAUAAUGGAAAUGCCAUCGAUGAUGGAGUCCAAAUCAGAGGAUCAGGUUACUGUGUAAAGCUCGUCUGUAUUCACCCCAUCCGGUACAACGGCCAAAUCCAGAGAGGGCAACAACUUGGGAGAAUGCUGCCAAUGCAGAAAGUAUUUCCUGGCAUUAUCUCCCACAUCCAUGUUGAGAACUGCGACCACUCCGAUCCUACUCAUCUACUUACUCCUGUUGUUCCGCCGUUCCCACAACAAGACAGACACUGGGCAACACUGUGCUCCGGGAAUCCUACAAACGAGAUCCGAGGCUGUGAUAAAUAUGGCUGUGGAUACUAUGGAGCUCCAAGACACAAUGGCAAAGGAAAGCACACGGGUGUGGAUGUCAUCUGUUCUGAUGGAGCAAACGUCUACGCUCCCUUUUCUGGCCAGCUCUCUGGACCCAUCAAAUUCUUCCACAAUGGAAAUGCCAUUGAUGAUGGGGUCCAAAUCAGAGGAUCAGGAUUCUGCGUAAAACUACUCUGCAUCCACCCCAUCAGAUACAAUGGUAGGAUUUCUAAGGGACAAAUCCUUGGGAGAAUGUUGCCAAUGCAAAGAGUAUUUCCUGGGAUCACAUCUCACAUUCACGUUGAGAACUGCGAUCACUCAGAUCCUACUAGCAAUCUUGAAAGGGGGAAAGGGCGAAGAGAGUGAAAUGGAAACGUAGGAGAUUCUAAAUAAAUUCAUCUCAGCAUCCAAAA